AUGGUCGCCAAUGACGAUCACGUCCGGCCCACUGACGAGGCUUCGGUCGAGCUCCUGCGCGGCCUCCGCGCCAAAACCGUCAACCGCAGCUUCAUCCACCGCGCCGACGUCUGCUCCGCCGCCCCCGAGGAGCUGGUCGCCGAUCUGCAGCCAGUGCCAGGCACCGACGUGACGGAGGACGGGUACAACAGCGUUUGGUACAUCUACUGCCCGAAGCGAUACAAGAACACCCGGGGCAAGGCCAGCGGGCACAGGCAGCGCGCGGUGGAGCCCGACGGCAGCAAGAUGUACUGGCACUCGGAGGCUGGCCCGAAGCCCGUGCCAGGCGUGCCCGGCGCCACGUUCUGCAACUUCUCCUACGGCCGCAAGGAGAAGGAGGGGGCGUCGGGUCGGCAGCGCUUGGACAGGAUGGGAUGGUGCAUGACUGAGUUCGACGACACGCAGGGCGGCGGCGGCGACCACGUGCUGUGCAGGGUGCACCGCUCGUCCUCGUCUCUCGCCAAAAGGAAGUUCAAGUCGUCGUCGUCGUCCAAGAGGAAGGCGGCAGGCGAUCACCCCGAGGCGCCGCCAACCAAGCUGAUCCACGACGAGCAGGUGCAGGUGCAACAGAACCCUGCCGCCUUCUUCAUCAACGCUUACCCGACGAUGCCCUGCUAUGGUUAUGGACCUCCCCAAGGCGUGGAUGCCGUGACGAUGGUCGGAGGCGAGGAGGAGCAUGGUGUGCAGCAGCCACGCGUUGAGUCGGAGUACGGCGGCGAGUUUAACUUCGAUGAGUUGCUCAACAUCGACGAGCAGGUGCAGAUGCAGGACCCCGCCGCCUUCUUAAUCAAUGCUUACCCGACGAUGCCCUGCUAUGGUUAUGGACCACCCGAAGACGUGGAUCCGGUGACGAUGGUCGGAGGCGAGGAGGAGCGUGGUGUGCAGCAGCCACGGGUUGAGUUGGAGGCGGAGCACGUCGACGGCGGCGAGUUCAACGUCGAGGAGUUGCUCAACAUGGAAGAGUUCACCAAUGGUUACCCGAAGACGACGAUGCCCAGCUAUGGUCAUGGUGGUCCCCAAAGCGUGGAUCCCGUGAUGAUGUUCGGAGGCGAGGAGGAGGAGCAUGGUGUGCAGCAGCCACGCGUUGAGUCGGAGGCGAAGCACGGUGGCAACUUGGGCGGGUUCAACUUGGAGGAGUUGCUCAACACCGACGAUUGGAAAGGCUUCCUACAGAUGCUCCAAGCCGAAGUGGAGCAGGGGCAGCAGCAGCCAUGCGCCGAGCCGGAACAGGGCGGCGGGAUCGUCAUCUCCGGGGGUCUACUUUAUGCGUGCUGA